AUGGAGGGCGACGGGGGGGCAGGUUGGAGUUUUGGGCAGCCCCUUCGUGUUCUUGGCGUGCUGUGCGCACUUUUUCAACAAAAGGGGGCGACGGGGGUAGGUUGGCGUUUGGGCAGCCCUGCGUAUUGUUGGUGCGUCUGUGCUCCUUUUUCAACAAAAGGAAGGUAUCCUAGUCUGGCGUAUCCUAGUUACCCAGCUUUAACAACUUACCCAACCUUCUCUGGAUAUCCGGUGUUAUAUGGCUGAGAUCGACAAAGAAUAUACUCACCAAAGAAUAUAUACCCACCAUUAAAAAUGUACUCCUGGCUUUUGUAAAUAAAUAUGUAGAAUGGACGUGUCUAAAUGUUUUUGAAGAGGUAAAUAUUGCUACCGUGAAUUAUCUUCAUAGGGGUAUGGUAUUUGUAAAUGCUUCCAAAAAUAGAAUACUCUAGUCCCAUAAUAUUUUAAUGAUAUAGUCGAGAUAAUUACAAUAUUACU